AGUUUAUAAAUAAAUGAAUACGUAUUUUAAAAUUAAUAUAAUGAUAUUUUCUAGAUUUAUAAAGAAGUCUUUGAAACCUAAAAGCCAGCUUUAUUUGCUAAAGUUGAAAUGUUAACUAAACAACCAGUCAGUAUUAGUCUGCAGCUUCACGUACGUACGAAUAUCACAUUUAAAUAUUUGAAAUUAAGGUCAGUAUUUUUCUAAUUGACGUUUAGUUUCUCCUGAUACUUAGACUCAUGUGAGAUAAUUGCUUUAACCUUUUGACUAAUUUCGAAAUAUUAUUUAAUGCCCAAACGGUUGGAUUAGUCAGAUCCCUUUUUAUCCCUCAAGCAAAUAUAAAUUAAGAUUUUAAAUGUCUCAUUGCAUAACCUUAUUGCAAGAAUCUUGAAAACGUUUCCGUUAAGAUUUAUCCAGCGGGAGAGCUUGUCGCUGUAAAUGUAGAGUCUAAGUCAUCAAGAGUAUCUAAACCUGUAAACAGCAAGAUCCACCAUUCAUUCUAUUUGAGCGGGUGCCGCAUUUAGCAAAGCCACUCACAUCUCACCAGCUUAUCUUGCAUGUACAUUGAACGUGGAACUGUAAGCCCUGAACAAGUUUGGAAACUUGCGGACACGUAACUACAGCGCGUAUUUAAACGAAAAAAUUUGAACAACUCUAAUUACAGUAAACAUUAAAUUUAAAACUGUUCAUCAUUUUGCAUUUCGUACAGGUUAGGAGAUGACGAGAGGAAGGGUUAAAUGCAGUUUGAAAUAAAUAACUUACCAUCAUCGUUUAAACACGCUUCAUUUCAAAUUGUGGCAGUAGAGCAGCGGCCAUAACACGUUACAAAUACUGUAUCAAAUAUGAAAGUAAAUGCUAGUUGUUCGAAAUCCCACGAGUCUCAAGGUUGCAGGGCCGGGCCCUAUAUGAGGUUAAUGAUGUUUUUUUUAAUAAACACAGUUCGACUCUAUAGCUUUGUUUCAUUUCCAUCAAGCAGAAAAUUAAUCAGAACAAAUGCAGCAGGGAUGAGGGAGAAAGCGUUCUUCGCCAUCCCAGUUUUUGCAGCGUCCUGUAAUUAAGGAACGUGUGCCACCCGGAUUAUCUCGUUAAUUUAUCAAGAAAACAUUUAUUAUAAUUAAUUCUCGGCCGCAUGCUCGGCGGGGUAAUUACGAUCGACCGAAUGCCGAGCAACUGGUAGAUAGGAUUCUUUCAAAAAGUGACAGAUUGUGCUGGGAAGCCGACAGACUCGACCCGCUCUCUAUAUAACUGGUUCCACUUCUCUCGCAGUCAGCAAGGGAAGCAAUUUCCCUGUGGCUUCAGCCUUGCAGGUACGGCCAGUCGGGUCGGGAGUGGAAGGCUGCAACUUGCAAUUCAUUUUGUUUUAGGUUUAAACCGAGGCCUUUCUGCAAACUCAGCCGAGAACCCAAAGGACACGGACUCCGGAUUUUUCUCUCGUUUCUCGCAGACUUGCUCUUCAAACCAACUUUAGCAUGAUGUCUUAUCUCAAGCAACCUCCAUACACAGUGAACGGCCUGAGUCUGACUAGUUCGGGCAUGGAUCUGCUUCAUCCCUCGGUCGGCUACCCCUCUACACCGCGGAAGCAGCGGCGAGAGCGAACCACUUUUACCCGGGCGCAGCUGGACGUCCUGGAGGCGCUGUUCGCCAAGACCCGCUACCCGGACAUCUUCAUGAGGGAAGAGGUGGCUCUCAAAAUCAACCUCCCCGAGUCCAGGGUGCAGGUUUGGUUCAAAAACCGUCGAGCAAAGUGCCGCCAGCAGCAGCAACAGCAGCAGAACGGAGGGCAGCAUAAAGUUCGACCCACCAAGAAGAAAAGCUCGCCAGCCCGGGAGCCGAGCUCGGAGAGCGGGGCGAGCGGUCAAUUCACACCGCCCUCCAGCACCUCGGCGACGGUCAUAUCGAGCAGCAGCGCCCCGGUAUCGAUUUGGAGCCCCGCGUCCAUUUCUCCGAUUGCCCCCGAUUGUCUGUCCACGUCUUCGUCCUGCAUGCAGCGCUCCUACCCCAUGAACUACACCCAGGCCUCGGGUUACACGCAGGGAUACGCCGGAUCCACGUCCUACUUCGGGGGAAUGGACUGCGGUUCGUACCUAUCCCCGAUGCAUCACCAGCUCCCAGCCCCAGGGACGGCGCUCAGUCCCAUGGGCACUAAUGCGGUCACUGCAGGCCACCUCAAUCAGUCUCCGGCCUCCCUCUCUGCCCAGGGCUACCCUGCCGGCGGAUUAGGCUUUAAUUCCACCGAUUGCUUGGAUUAUAAAGACCAAACAGCCUCAUGGAAACUCAACUUUAAUACUGACUGCUUGGAUUACAAAGAUCAAACAUCUUCGUGGAAGUUCCAAGUUUUGUGAAGUGUUGGGACUCUCUUUGAAAUUGGACAAAUCAUUCCAAUGUUAAACCUUUGGAAUGGAGAGCACAUGACUUACCGUCAUUCCAGUUCUUGUAGCCAACCAUCCGGUUAAACCUUUGGAAUGGACAGGACGAUAUUUGUAAUCAUUCCAAAUGUAGCCAUUUUAAAGUUGGCCUUUAAAAACAAAACAAAAGGACCAUCAGGGCUGUGUGAAUUGUGCGAUUGGUGUCACAGAUGCACUACUUUAUUUAAAAAGAAAAUGUUUAUAAGGGUUCCAUAUGUAGUUCUGAGAGACAAUCAAUGUGUGUCUUAUAUCAGUGGUACAUCUGUGUUUUUAUUUGUGCUAGACUCAAAGCAAGUAUGAUCUGCUAUACUGUAUGCAAGUGUGUGAACCCUUUGUCGCUGUUGAACUCGAGCGGUGGGGGAGGGGUGGGCAUGGUUCUGCUGUUGUUUAAAAUUGAGCUAAAUUCUGUUGGAAUAGGUACCCACCAUUGUUUGAAAUGAGCGCCUUCAAACAUAAGCUGAACUGUGAAACUUCGUGACUCUAGCUGCAUCUUUCACACGGGCGCUCAAACUAUUUGUCCUUAUGAACCCAAUAGCUUCAAAGAUGGCCGGUUGUAUUGACCCCACUGAGGGUCAGGUGCUCAGAAGUUGGUUCUUUUGUUUGCAGGUGUUAAUAAAGUAAUAUAUAUGCAUAAACAUCAACCAUACUGGAGUCCACAGAUACGGACGACUAUUUUAAAGUCAUUCUAGCACAAUUUAGAUUUGUCUUCCACGGCUAAAUCUGAAACAAUAUUCAAUAAAGUGGAAAUCCUGAGGCUCGAUGGCACUUAGUGGGUGUGUUCAAAACUGCAUGACUUCGAGUCUGCCAUUAGGGUCCAUUAGUUUACCAAAUAAUGUCAGUUCAGGAAUUCCAUUCCCUCCCUUCUGCCCACCAAACCCCAGCCCCCACCCCUCCACUCCCAUCAUAAGACAUGAGGGUGAGAAUGUGCUUUUAUAGCUUGCAGCCAAUCUGUUAGAGUGGCGAAAAUUUGCACUGUACCACGUCUAUUUUCCUUUUGUUUUUUCAUUUUAGAGGCACAGAUAUAAGCUGUUAUGUUUAUAAGUUUUAAAAUGAGAAGAAGACAAAUUCUUGUAGCAACUGAUGCACAAACGAUGCCUGACUUAGAGUGUGUGUAUACAUAUAUCAUAUAAUAUAUACAUACUCCAACCUGCAACUUCUGAAGCUAAACAAACGCUAGGCGCUUUACUUGUCUAUUUUCCUUGAAAGUUCUGAAAUUUUAUCGAUUUUUUUAUGUACAGGAUACUUUUGUAUUUCUUCUUAGUGUAAAAAUGACGGGGCUUGAUCUGGAUUCCAGUCUCUACCACCUAUUUUCCUUUUUAUUAGGUAUUGUAAGUGUUUUCAAUGUAAAUGUAGGUAAGAUAUAAAUUGAUUCAUAAAUUGUGCUUUUUACACGUGAA